AUGGCCUUGUUCGCAGGGCGCACAUGGAAUAUCAUGGAGGACUACGAAAUCUUACUGGCGAGAAUCUUGCCCGUGUUUGCACUGCGUAUGCUAAGCAUCUUACAGCUUAACACAACUUCUAUCACCGACUGGUCCAAGUCUUGUUCUCACCUUAAAAUUUCGACUACACCAACGCUUUCCCUUGAUCCCCGCAAGAUCAAAGUGGAUGACGAUUCCAAUGACGAAAAAGUUCAGCUCAAGGACAACUUGCCUGUAGACAUUCCUCAACAUGAGGGACCGCCAUACGACUUCCACUCAUUGCACGGAACUGGAAUAUGCAUGGGCUGGUUCUUGCUGAGUCCGGAUGGCCCUGCUUCACACAGAGAAGUCCAAAAUUGUGUAACUGGAUACUUCACCGACGACAGCCUCGACCUCUACGAGCUGUUAAUGAAACUCAUCGACGGCGCGAUUGAGGGCUUCACCCAUGCCGGUAAUGUGAAGGCUAACUUGAAGACUUUGUACGGUGCUCACAACGCCUUCACCUUGACGUUCACCAUUGCCACUGGCAUCCAAGGAAUCUUCGGGUUCUUCACCACUUGGUUCGCGAUUUACAACCCACCCAUUCAUAAAAAAUGA